AUGGUGGAAAAGACCUCAGUGAUGAAGAGAGCAGAGAAAGGUUUGGGGCCUUAUAUCAAUUAUGAGGACGAGAGAAAGAGCUCAGACGACGCUGGCCCUGUGAAGGAGACAAGUGGAAACAAGACUGAGGCUUCUGGUAUCACUGACUUGAUUCGCAAUGACAGGUUUUUGUAUCUUGCCAGGAACAAAAAUGUUCAAAACGACGUGAAAAAGCCCUUGGACUAUGACUACAGCGACCAGCAAAGUGAUUUGAAGCUAAGUGAAUUUCAGAAAAACAUCAUUGACUCCAGUUUUCAGAAGAUCUUGAGGUUGGACAAAGAGAAGCUGCUGGAUGGGCGAAAUGAAGUCCCACUGCUGGAGUUGCCAAAGCUGCUGGUGGCUUCUACAAGUACCGAUGAUUCAAUUGCCCAACAGGAUCAACAAGAUCACCAAAAUCAAGAGUCCCAACAAAAUCAACCAAUUAAAAAGAAUCAGGCAAUUCAUGGAGAUCGCCCACAGCUCUUUUUAAGCUCUAUUCUUCAGAGAAAUCAAAGGUUUCGUAGCAAUCCAGGUUCAGUUGAUAAAAAAACCAAAGUCAAGUAUCUCGAUUCAAGAAAACAUCAAUUGAUAUUCAAAAAGCCUUUAUAUCCCUUUUCAAUUAAGGAUUUUAAUUGCAAAUUGACAAAAGUGUUAUCCUUUGAUCAAUUUCAGUACCACAAUCAAUUAUCCUUGAGCAAUAGUGAUAUCAAUAAUCAAAAUUGUUUUAAUAAUGAAAAAGUUGAUGUCAAAUUUCUAUUCAUUCCAAAUAAAAAUGAUCUUUCAUUUUAUAGAGAAAUAUGCGAUCUAUUAUAUUAUUUCAUUAAACUUGAUUUAGAACCAACCUCUAUUCAUGAAUUUCCUGAAAUCUUAUACUUUUAUAUUUCAAUCUUAAUGAAUUCCUUUAUUGAUCCAAUUCAAGAUCAAAUUAUUUCCUACUUGAUUAAUUUUUUAAAAAAAUUUAAAGAUAAUAAUCAAUUAACUUGGCCUGCUUAUUUACAAUACAUUUCAAGAAUUUUUAAUUUAAAUUUAUUGGCUCACAUAUAUCCUUAUGAUUCAAUUUUUUUAAACAAUCUAUUAUCUAACCCUGAAAUUUCCAUCAAUAAUCAUACAACAAUUAGUUCCUCUAUUUCCACAAGCAUCGAUGAUAAUAAAUUUUCAAUCUCUUAUUAUACUAAAACUUCUCACAAUCUAUCUGAUAAUAUCUUAAAGGUUAACAUUAACCAGUUAUCGAAACCAAUUAAAUUAGCAAUCUUUAAUUAUAAUCAAUAUCUUAAAUUAAUAACCCCAAUUUAUCAUCAUUGGAAAAAUUCUUUCAUUUUGUUUAAAAACUUAUCAACACAUAAAAAAAAUAUGUCCGUCUUUUAUUUUUAUAAAACUUUUUAUUUUAAAUAUAAUAAAUUAAAAAAAUUAAAAUUCAUAUCAAACAAAUACUAUAAUUAUACCCUAUUAAAAUUUUAUUUUUCUCAUUGGCAUAGCCGGUUUUCAAAAAUUCAAAUCUUAAAUAUGAAUUCUAUAUUUCACUAUCAAUUAUCUUUAAAGGAAAAAUUCUUAAGAUUUAAAUGGAUCGAUAAAUAUAAUUUUUAUAAAAACGUUGAAAUCGAAGGUAUUGAACUCUUGAAUCUAUCCAAAAAAAGAUCCUACUUCUACAAGAUUUACCAAAUCUAUAAGAUUAAUUCAGCUAUCAAAAAAUUCAAUCAUAUAUCAAACUCAAAUCUCCAAAAAUAUUAUUUUAAUAAUUGGAAAUCAAAAUCUGAAAAAAUUAGAAAGUUGAAUAACGAUGUAACAUUAAUUGAAUUAGCUAUUGUUGCUGGCUCUUAUUAUAUCAAAUGGGCUCAUAAAUCCAAUCAACUAAAUACCAGAAGAAAAAAUUUUGUUGAUAAAAAAAAUUAUAACUUGAAAUUAAAAUAUUUCGAAAAAUUAAAAUAUCAUUUGAAGCUAGCCAAAAUUAAGAAUAAAGUUAUUCAUAAUAUUAAUUUAAUUUUUAAAAAAUAUUAUUUUAAUGAAAUUUUAAUGAAAAGAUUUCAAGAAAGAAAAAUUUUAAGUGAUUAUCUUAAUAAAAGUCCAUUAAAUUAUAACCUUAAAAAAAAAUAUUUCAACAAUUGGCAUGACUCUUUAGUAUUGAAUUUAGCAGCAAAUUUUUACUAUAAUAAAAAUUUGAAAAAAAAGAUUUUUCAACAAUGGAGAUUAAAAUCUAUUUAUUUGCAAAUAAAUAAAUAUUAUAAUUUCAAAUUAUUAAAAAACUAUUUUCAAGUAUGGAAAACAAAUAAAUCCUUCUCUAUGAUUAUAAGAUCAACAAAUAAAAAAAUACUCCAGGAAAAAUAUAGCAUUUGGGUCAAUAAAUGUACUACUCGACUAGAAGAUAAUGCUAAGGCAUUGCAAAUUUGCAAUUAUUUUAAAUUAAUACGAUAUUAUAAUUGUUGGUAUAAUUAUUUCAUAAAAUUACAAGAUGAUAAAAAAAAAGCUGAUAUGAUUUAUUUAAAAAGCUUUCUUAAAAACCGGAUGAUAAAUAAUGUUAUUAAUAAAACUCAAGAAUUGGGUAAUAAUAGAUUAAUAAUUGAAAGCAAAAAAAAAUUUCGAUUAAAGGAUUAUUAUUUGAAAAUUUGGGUUUUGACUUUUAGGAAAAAAAUGGUGGAAAGAUUAGCAACUCGAAAAUUUUAUAUUAAAUGGAAGAGCAAAAGUGAAGAUUUAUAUGAAAUGAACUAUUAUACUGUAAUGUAUUAUAAUAAACAAUUGAUAAAGGAUGUGAUGUUUCAAUGGUAUUCUAAAAGUGCCAGGUAUCAAAUUAGUGAAUUCGAAAGUCAAAAACAUUACAAUAAACAAUUGAUUGAAAAAUAUUAUAAUUACAUUUUAAGUAAAAGAGAAAAUUUAAUAGAGUUGAAUUAUCGUUUAGAAGAAUUUGAUUUCCAAAUAAUUGAAAAAUAUUUACAGAAAUGGAAAUUAUUAUAUUUAAAAGUUAGAGCAAAGAACGAUUCGUUUAAACGACUUAUGAAAACAUGGAAUAAAAAUAAGUUAAGAGGUUUACUUUCUCUUUGGAUUGCAAGGUACAAAGAGAGGAUGAGAGAUAAAGAAGAGAUUUUAGGUGAUAUUCCGGGUGAAAUAAAUGGAGAAGAGAUUAAUGAUGACGAUGAUUAUGGUGAGGGCAAUCAUUCACCUACUGAAGAUAAAAAAAACAGAUUAAAACAACAAUUUCGACAUGUUUCAUCUAAUUCCUAUCACUCUACACCAUAUUUGAACAAUAAAAUUAAAAGUAUCAGUCCAUUAAAGCCAGCAAUAGAAAACGGUUUAAAUUUCAUGAAAAAUACCAAUAAUAACAGUCGUUCUAAUUCCAAUUUGAACAAUUUUAGACCUAAGACUCCUAAUAAUACAGUCAGAUUUAAAGAUAUUUCUAAAAGCUUGACUUUGACUCCAAGAUCGAUUUUGCGACAAAAUAAAAAAAUUGAGGGGCUCAAGAAUUAUUAUCGAAAAGGAAAUGCUAAUGAUUCUAUAUUAAAAGCUGGUAAUAGUUCUCGAACAAUGGUGAAUAACAAUAGUAUUCUAACCAAUAGUGGGUUUGAUAAUGUUAAUUCACCAAUUAUAAAUGAUAGUAGUAUCAAUCAUAAUAUAUUUGAUAGAACAGGAGCCAGCGAAAUGACAAUUCGAAAUAAAUCAAAUGGAAGCUUGAAAAUGAAUCGGAGCUUCAAUGUUACGCCAAUGAUUGAUCGAAAUAAGAUUUUUUUUUCAAGGAAUCAAAAUAAAUAG